AGCCAUCCAUUUUACUCAUCCUCCAAAGAAGAGAGACACAUGGCAUGAGAGACCAAAACCCAUCAUGCCACGCACUUAUAAAUGGAAGACAGACAGUGCUUCAACUCCUCUUGUGGAGUUGGACUGAGCAGUGAAAGAGGUGCAACAGGGAAAGACCACGUCAGGUGGCAAGGGAGAUGAAGAUCUGCAGGAUGACCUUGAAAAGAUUCAUGGAGAAGAAAAAGAUAGGAGAAGUAACAAAGACGGGGUAUAAGAGAACAGGACUUGCCAACCAAGUCUUCAAAGACAACAUGGAGACAGAGCUGGCAGACAAUAUAAAGGCACUAGCAGCAAUGUUUCUAAGGCAAAGUUGUAAGAAGUCUGUGGAUGGAAAGCCCAUCUUUACAUUUAAAGGUCCCAUGACAUGCUGCUUUUUGGAUGCUUUUAUAUAGGCCUAAGUGGUCCAUAGUACUGUAUCUGAAGUCUCUUUCCCAAAAUUCAGCCUUGGUGCAGAAUUUCAGUUACUACCCAGACAGCAAGCAGUGUCGUGUGAAAUCCAUGCGGGCCAGAUGUGGGCUGGAUCUGGGCCAAAACUAUGUUGCUGUCUGGAUACGAGCCAGUCCCACAAUGAGCUUUGCUUAGGACGUGCCAUUUCUGUGUCUGUAGCUUUAAAUGCUAAUGAGGAGGAGAGAGGCGGGGCAAGGUGGAGGGUGGGUGUGUGGCCUUAACCAGCUUGCGCUACCAUGCGCUAAUGUUGACAGUGGAUGUAUCGCAAUGGCUCGUAGACACGCAGUCGCUUUUCAGUUUGACCCAGAAUCUGAUCCAGAUGGAGAAGCACCGGAUGAAGAAGUUGCAACUCAGCGGCUACAGCAGGACGUCUCCGAAUGUUAUUUCAUUAGAUGUUUCCCAGACAAGCAGCUCAGUGUCUGUGCUGCUGCUACGGACACGAGAUCGCAGUCACAUCUGACGGAUUAGAAUAUCAAGGUGUAGGAGAACACCAUCAUUUGGAGCUUUAGAUUUAUGCAUGUUUCUGGUGACUGCAGCAUCUUCAUAGCAGUUCACAGUGGAUGCAUUCUUGCAAAGGAGUGGUUAUUGGUGACAGACAUGGGUGCUAGUUGGACACAGAGCUGGAAGGAGGAGUUCAAAGUUCACAAACUCCACCUUCUCACCUCUAAACCAGAGCUUCUGCUUCAGCCACGGUGGGAUAUUCCUCCAUUGUUGUGGCUUCUGUACAGAUUUUUUAUGCUGGUCUACACUUUCAGCUGGUUUAUUUACACGGCUCUUCUCUUCAACACACCUAAAUUCCUCAUUUUUCUCAGCCAUAUCUCAUACUGUCUUAUGGCUAUCUACUAUCUGGUUUCUCUUUGUAAUCUGGCCUGGGCUUUCUUGGAAAUCAGAUGCUGCUCUCACCGAGUGAAAAGAGGUGUCAGUAGUGAAUGUGAGAGCCUCCUUUCUCUCCCCGUCUCUCUCACCGCUGCUCUCUGUCUGCAGUGGUUCUUGCAUUCUGUGAUGGGCUGUUGUUCAUUUGCCGUCUCCUUUCUAUACUGGACCAUAAUUCACCCCUCUGAUCAGGACUCCUUCACAGCCUUCAACAUCAACAUCCAUGUUAUCAACAGCAUCCAGAUCGCCGUGGAUCUGUUGUUGUCCUCCACACCCGUUCAUCUCACUCACUUCUUCUACGCUGUGUUGGCUGGAGCCCUUUAUGUCAUAUUUGCUGUUGUUUAUUGGCUAAUGGGUGGCACCAACAUGUAUGGUGAACCCUACAUCUACAGCAUUCUUGAUUUCAGUGGGAGCCCCCUAGUGGCAACGCUUUGCAUUCUGGGAGUUUGUCUGCUUUGUUUACCAUCCUGCCACUUUGUGCUGUGGAACCUGCAGAUGCUGAGGGAGUGGAUGGUGAGCAGGGAGGAAUCGAGGAGAAUUGCUUUAAGGAGGGAUGUUUGGUGGCGGGUGAAGGUGUCUGGAGGAAUGACCUUUGACCUUGUGCCUUCACUGGAUCCAGCAGCCUCUGUGUUUGAGACGAGCAGGAGGACAGCCAUGUUGGAGGACCAACAGUCUCAAUCACUCAGUCUUGUUUGAAGGAGUUUCUGGUCUGUCUGAAGAUUCUUCUAAUCUCUUGGAAAACUUAAUCAUAAACUCUUUGGACUUGGCUCUGUUUGGUCCAAAUGUUGUUGGUCUGAAAUGUCCUAAAACAGUUUUCAGGAAAAUCAACCCACACUGCGCAAAAAAUAAAUAAAUAAAAAUCUGAAAUUGACAGUAAAAAAUGGCUCUCAGAAAAAAGAGGUACACUUUUGUACCUUUUAGAUAGUAAUAUGUACACUUUAGGUACUUUUAAGGUACCAGUAUGGACCCUUUAAGUACAAAAUGUACCACACCAGUGACAGCUUACCUUUUUUUCUAAAAGUGCAGCUGUGGUUUUUCAGAAUUAUAAGAAAUAAUAUGGUAGCAACAUUUUAGGUUUUCAUGUAUUGAACUUUACAUACAUUUAUAUUAAACAAUAACAACAUAUUUUAUGAACUGUUACAGUAUUAAUAUACAAACCUAUACUGACGUACUAAAAUCUGUUUUGUACUGUUAUAAUACACUGACAUCCUUCACAGCUAGCUUUUCCACUAGCUGAGGUGAAUACUAAGAUAAUAUUGAAGGUACACACACAGAUACAAAACACACUAAAUAACACUAAAUAAUGCAAUAAACAUUAAUUUAACUACAUAAGCUAUAACUUAAAACACUAAUGUACAUGUAUGACAAGAAAAGAAAAAAACAUGUGGUGUCACAAGUGUCAUGUGGAAUUCUGGGAACGUCAUUUUACGUUAUGUAUUACUGAUUUAAUAAUAUUUUACAAUUACAUCUAUCUAAAACUGUCGCUUUAGAAUUACAACUUUUUAUCAUAUAAAAGGGAAUUUACCAUUAACCAAUUAACAGGUUUUACCAUAGAACUUUACAGUCUUUUACAGCUAAAAUUACUCUUUCUUUCUUAGCAAUGGUUUACUUGUUCUUGUCACUGUAUGAACUGGGACAGAUGUAUAUUGUACACAAUUUAUGUACAUUUUUUCAGAUGUUAUGACCUAGUGUUUCAUAAUUGCAGCCACAAUCAAAUGAACCAACCUGGGAUUGGUAGAGGGUAUAUCUGGAGAUAUCUUUCUCAGGCCUAGAUCAGAAAAGAUCUGAUGAUGAGAAUAUGUGAAAGAAAUGUAUUAUUCAAGGUUUAAUGAUGUGAAAUCCAGGAGCACAAGCUAAGAAUUAAGUUGAUGCAAUAAACAUGUCAAGCACUAGAUGUCAGCAGUGUAUUCUAAAAUAAAAUUUCAGAUAAAAAUAUAAUUCCACAUAUACACUCCUGCUUAUAUGUGAGCUGACAUCAAAAUGCAUUUAAUGUCUGAUAUUCAGGAGGAUUCAAAGGAUGUGCCCACUUCGAAAUCUUGGAUUAAAUUUUUUUAAUUUUAAAUGUAAAAGUAAUUUCAGUAUUUACAGUAUACAUACUAAGAUUGUUUUUUAAUUUAUUUGCCUGAAAUUGUUUAGCUCCUUUUUUCUUUUCUUUUUUUUAAAUUGAUUUAGAAAAAUUCCAAAUGUAAGCGUUUUGUAGUCUUAUUUGCCCCAAUACAUAUUUAAUUGGACUUAAUAAUUAACCAGAAUUGUUGUCAGAGACAUGUUGUCACGAAGAAGUCAUGUGCUAUUCAUAAUCCAGCCCAGUUUUUAUUAUAAUUUUUUUUGCAUUUAAUAUUUUGAUAUUUUGCAGAUAUUUAGCAUUGUUUUGCAUUUGUAUUUUGCAAGAAAAUAUAUUUUACUAUUAUACUACUGGGUACAUAAAUUCUUAUUAAUGUAAUAAUGUCAAUUAAAUUACUUGGGUGUGCUUAAUAAUUGUCAUGGAAAUAAUUAUAUUAAUAAUAAUAAUAAAAACUAAAUAUAAUGAAUUAUUUCAUGUAUAUUUCAUGUAUUUAAGAUUGUUAAAUGACUCAGUCUCAGUCAGAGCAGUUAAAGCAGCAGUGUUGGACUGUGGCCUGUGGUCUCGUCUGGUGUCUUUCAGAGAAAGAGGAUAGUUUUCCCGCUGUAUUAGCAUCGAGUAGGAGUGUGUCUGUGCUGUUUGCCCUUCAGCGCUGGUACAAUAACACUCACGCUCGGUUGAGAGGGGUCGUGGCAGCGGCACACAACGGCCUUUAGCCUGAGUCACUCUAGUUGUUUUUGGGCUCUCAUCUCUGCCAUCAUCAUGACCCCUGCUGAAUCAAAGCUUUCAAUAUCUGUCUGUGUGAUUCAGAGCUGAGUCAGAGCGCUGAAGCAAUGCCACUGAGAUGCUAGUGUUUGCUAUGUGUGUGUGUUUGCUUUUAUGAUUCAUCCUAGCUCAAAAUUUCUCAAA